CCCUCAUCACCCUCUCCUGCCAAUAGGAGGCUGUGGGGCUGCUCAUCCUGGGCACUGAUUGGCCCCCUCUUCUGCAGUGGGACCCAGCUAUUCAAUUAGCACCUGGCUGUUUUACCUGGUAGACUUUGCGUUCCUUCUGCUCAGUCCUCCUGCAAGAUGAUGUCAACCCUUUGGUAAAGUCAUGGCCAUUUUUCUUUGUUUUUUUUUUUCCAUGCAGCACCUAAUGCACUUUUCAGAGCUUGUUUGAGGUGUUUGCAGGAGAACCUGGGUUCUAGGACUUGUAUAUUUCCACCAUCGAUAUUUGUAGUCUAUAGAAGCUCUCUCAGAAAACGUGCUGUGACUACUCCUGUGUACUUAUCUGCCAUUUCUAACCUUUUGGCCUCCUUGAUGAUAGGAUAAACUUCCUGAAUACAGAGGAUGUCUUCUUUUUCUUCUGAGUUUCCACAGCCCUUUGUUGGUUUUUGACACACUUCUGAAAAAAUCUGAUUUACUAAAAUAGGAGGAGUUAGAUUGAAAUGACUGUUUGGGGGUUCUAAGCUUAAUAAUACUGAAGGAGAAAUUUCUUACUUGGAUAAAUCAAAGGUAAGAUUCUAUCACCCCUCUACAUUGACAUGGGAUUUUUUUCACUGUUGCCUUUGAAUAAAAUUGGCUCUAGAUUACAACAUUGACCCAAGCCCAAGAUUCCCCCUAUAAGACAAUCCAUAAAGUGACACUGAAUAGCAUCUUUCAUUGAUUGCUGGAUGGAGAUAUUAGUGGUUUUAUGCAACGGAGAUAUCAAUAGAGAUUAAAUGCAAUGAGUGUGAAAGGAGUACUUUCCAUAAGGUCUUACCUAAAGAAGAGUGCGACGGGUUCAUAAAGGGUCAUUCAUGACAGAAAUCUUCUCCUAGUUUGGGAAAUGACAGAAAAGCACCCGGAUUGUAUCCCAAAAAGGCUCCUCCCGUCCUUCUCAAGAGCCCAUUCCGAGAACCUUUCUGGCAAAGUCUUAGGGACAGGGAGCUGCCAAGUCUAUGCCAGGAAAAAGAAAGUAGGGGAAGUCGAAGUAUGAUGCAAGACCUUAGCUCUCCCCCCACCCCAUGUUUGUGGUUUGGCGAUUGGACAAUGCCAAUGGCCUCAACAAGGUCAAUGCCACGUGGUCAUGGGAAUUGCAAAACUGAGAAGGGGGCCGGGUGCAGCAGUGGAGAGAUAAAAGGAUUCCAUCUACCCCUUUCACAUCACUCUUCUCCUGGACACUGGACACAACACAAACCCGAGAUGAGGGUUUUGGUUACUGUAGUUGCUCUCCUUUGUGGACUGCUAUCUGCAGGUGCCAUUGAUGAAAAUGAUGCCCUGAUUUCUGAAGAUGACAUCUGUCCAAGACCUCCUCCUGUGGCAAAUGGCUAUGUAGAGCAUGCGGUCCGCUAUAAGUGCAACAAGUUCUACAGACUGAAGAGUGAUGGAGAUGGGCUCUACACCUUAAAUGAAGAGAAACAGUGGACUAAUAAGGAUGUCGGUGGAAAACUACCUGAAUGCGUAGCAGUAUGUGGAAAACCUGCGAAUCCACUCAACCCAGUACAGCGGAUCAUAGGAGGCAUAUUAGAUGCCAAAGGCAGCUUUCCCUGGCAGGGUCGCAUGGUUUCCUGGAAAAAUCUCACCAGUGGAGCUACUUUGAUUAGUGACCAAUGGUUGCUGACCACAGCUAAAAACAUCUUCCUGAGUCAUGCUGAAAAUGCCACUCUUAAAGACAUCGUCCCUACCUUAAAGCUUUUCUUGGGGAAGAAGCUUGUGGACAUCGAUCAAGUGAUUUUACAUCCCAGCCACUCUACAGUGGACAUUGGACUUAUCAAACUUAAAAGUAAAGUACUUGUUAAUGAGAAGGUGAUGCCCAUUUGCUUGCCCCAGAAAGACUAUGUAGAAGUGGGACGCGUAGGCUAUGUGUCUGGUUGGGGAAGAAAUACCAACUUCGUUUUCACUGAACGUUUGAAGUAUGUCAUGCUGCCUGUGGCUGACAAUGACAAAUGUGUAGAAUACUAUGAAGGCAGCACAGACCCAGAAAAGAAGAAAGCAAAGAGUCCAAUUGGUGUCCAACCCAUAUUGAACCAACAUACAUUCUGUGCUGGUAUGACCAAAUUCCAAGAAGAUACAUGCUAUGGUGAUGCUGGGAGUGCCUUUGCUAUUCAUGACGAGGAUGAUGACACUUGGUAUGCAGCUGGUAUUCUGACCUUUGAUAAGAGUUGUUCAGUGGCUGAAUAUGGCGUUUACACGAAAGUACCUUCCAUCUUGGACUGGAUCCAAGAGACAAUGGCCACCAACUGAAAAAGGAGGCAGGCUGAAACUUUUUCUAUUUGGAACCAUCGUGAGGCCUGUGAUUUUUAUAUGAUGGCAAGAUUUCACACAAAACUGGGCAAAUUGGAUGUCUAACCCCAAAUAUCUGUAAAUUAAUGGGUGCUAGCCCAGCUAAGUAUAAAUAAUAAAGUAUUUCCUUUUGACUACA